AUUUAGUCCAUAGUUUUCGUGUUUCCUGUCUCAUGUUCCAUAAAAGUUCCGUCGAGAUCUAUUUUGACUGUUCGUGUUCUUGUCGCAAAACUCAAAAUGUCUAGGGUUUUGAAAAAAGUUUGAACUUUGAGCUCUACUAACUACACUGUUCUCUCCCUCCCUCCCAUUUCGAUUUAAAUCCUCAAAGAGAUCGUUUGCCAUUGCUGUCUGCCGUCGUCAAUUCCCUCAUUGUCGCCGGUGAACACACGCCGGCGCCAUCAGGAUCAGAUUUGCCGAAGGGGCCAGCUGUCUGCUGCAAUUCGAUUGCCAUCUUGGCGUCCAUGGAUCAUCGAACGGCCGCUUCCGGUACUUGCGCGUGUUCCUUCCCCUGUUGCGGCAAUUUGUCUCUCCGCUCCCUCAAGCGGAAGAUGGUAGUCGCCGAGCCCUCCGCCAUGAACAAAGAGUUUGCUCGGGUGGAGAUUGAGGAGGAGGCGGCGGUCCUCCGUGAGGCCCUUGUUGCCCAGCAGCAGUCCGUCCAGUUGCUUGGCGCUGAGCUCGAGGAGGAGAGGAGCGCCGCAGCCUCGGCAGCGACAGAGGCCAUGUCGAUGAUCAUCCGGCUCCAGCGAGAGAAGUCGGAGGCCCUGAUGGAGGUGCGGCAGUUCAAGCGCUUGACGGAGGAGAAGAUGGAGCACUACCGGAGGGAGAUCUCCGCCCUCGAGGACCUCAUCUUCGAGCAGGAGCAGACCAUCAAUUCCCUCUCCUGCCAACUUCAGGCCCACCGCCAUGGUCUCCUCAGCUACGGCAUGAGUAUUCCCGUUGUCCCUCUUACCGAGCCGAUGACACCAGACACUAACGCAGAUUUCUCAUGCUACGUGUACCCUCCCUUACUGUGCAACUCGCCUGACGAGGAUGCUCCGGUUGAUCUUGAGAAGUGCGAUGAUCCCAGCGAGCAGCUGCUAAAGUUUGAGGAGAGCAUCUGCCGGGUUGAACGGAAGCCAAGCAGAGAUCAUUUGGGUAAGGUAACAGAGAAAAGAGUGGUAGUGGGGCAUUCACCUCCCCAGGGGAUGCAUGUUAGGAAGUUGUCUCUCGAUAGCUGCGCUUCGAGCCUGGAAUUUGUUAAGGAGUUCCCAAUUACCAUGGACCAUGCAUUUGAUGGCGGAGGAAGGUAUGACAUGACUGAUAAAAUUUGUACAGUAGACACUAUGCGUGUGGCAGCCGAGGAAUAUGAGAACUCGCCGAGGGAUGUUCAAAACAUGGACAUGUAUGGUAGUGAUGCUCAAGUAGAAAUAAGGAGGCUUUACAAGAGACUGGAGUCCCUUGAGGUUGAUAGGGAGUCGAUACGAAAGACCUUGAUUUCUAUGGGUGCUGAUAAGGCACCGGCAGUCUUGCUCCAAGAAAUUGCUCAACAGUUACGUGAGGACGUGGUUCCUGAGAAGAAGAGUAUCAAGGACCAAUCAUUUUUCAGAAGGUUCUCAAUCAUGCUAGCUUUUAAGAUCGUCAUGUCAUUUGUGUUUAAGAGGAAGAAACCUACUCAAAUCAGGCAUAGUUUUGGGGUAUCUGCCAACAACGCUGGUUUACUGCUGCUUUUACACAAGUCUUCUCAUGCGACGAGUCAGUGGCAUCUUGCAAGAAUUCAAGGAAAAUUUCCAACUUUUGCUGCACGACAUGAGCAUCUAGAGCUUGACCUCAGCAUGUAAAUUUCCAACUUCCUCCCAAUCCCAGAGAAUGCUUUAGUGGGUUGAUCUUGAUCAGAAGUGUUAAUUUUUCUGUUAUUUAAGUUAUAUUUAUUUCUCUGUUUGGAGAAUUUUCUUGUGACUAUUAUAGUGCUUAUUGAAUACAACCCUUUCGUGUAAUCCUAUGGAGGAGCGGUUUACAAACAUCACUCUGCAGGACGAUUACUUGACAAGCUCUGGUUGCGAAUGGAAAAGUUCUUAUUUGUUGCACA